ACGAAAUUUAAAUUGUGCGUCAAAUUCGAAAGGAAAAUAACCUGGCUGAUUAUUGGCUCUUGUUUUAUUUUAGUAUCUAACAAUAGCUUGGUUCUGAACUGUUCAUUUGUUAAACGUGAAAUCUUCUGUUUUAUUCAGAAUGAAAGCUCACCGAGACUCUCAGCAGAGGCGACGAGUGUCUGUUGUCAGUUACAUCCACGCGACAAGUGGUCGCCUUCGCAGACCACCCAGGGUGGAAAGACAUGCACCAGCUCACCGCUGUAGCCCAAGCAGUGGAAGAGCUAAUCAACUUUUGCCAGCUGUACUCUCUCAAGAUGAUGUGGAGCCUGAGGAAGGUCGUGCUGUUAGUACCAGUAGAAGCUGUAGCUGCUCAAGUAUUUCCACAUACAGAAUGCGUGUGUGUGACAAAACAAGAUUGAGGCACUCUGUUGAAGCAGCUGCUUCAACAAACAAACGUACCAGAGAAACUCAAGUAAGAGCACAAAAUAUUUUUCUUUGUUUGUUGGAAAAAUUACAUUUUUAA